CUGCUCAUCUUCCCACUUCUCAGACGGUGCUCUGUCAGGCCGGGUGUUGCUGUGUUAUAUAACAAACCGGCGUUUGUACCUCUUUUCUUCUCAGUCGGUCAGAAAUGGCAGCGAUCAGGGCUCUCAGGAAACUGUGUCAACACUCCCAGCAUCAAGUUUGUAAACUGCACACGUCCGCCUCGAGGCAGGAGGCGGUGGUCAUCUCAGGGAGAAAACUGGCACGCCAGAUUCGGGAUGAGGCCCGGGCUGAUGUGGAGAAAUGGGUUUUAGCCGGCAACAGGAGGCCCCACUUGAGUGUAAUUCUAGUUGGGGACAACCCAGCCAGUCAUUCCUAUGUUCUCAACAAGACCCGGGCUGCAGCUGAUGUUGGAAUCUCAAGUGAAACGAUUCUCAAACACUCAGACAUCAGUGAGGAGGAGUUACUGGAACUGAUCUACAAACUUAACACAGACCACAGUGUGGACGGGCUGCUGGUCCAACUGCCUUUACCAGAUCACAUUGAUGAGCGCGCAAUCUGCAAUGCUGUUGCCCCUAACAAGGAUGUGGACGGCUUUCAUGUAGUUAAUGUAGGUCGUAUGUGCCUGGAUCAGUCCACCAUGCUUCCUGCCACUCCCUGGGGAGUCUGGGAAAUUAUUAAGCGCACAGGAAUUCCUACUUUUGGGAAGAAUGUUGUCGUUGCUGGACGCUCCAAGAACGUGGGCAUGCCCAUUGCCAUGUUACUGCAUACAGAUGGCCGCCAUGAGAGGCCUGGAGGUGACGCCACGGUCACCAUUUCUCACCGUUACACUCCAAAGGAUCAACUUUGCCAACACACUAAAAUUGCUGACAUCAUUGUGGCUGCUGCAGGGAUUCCCAACCUGAUCACAGCAGACAUGAUCAAGGAGGGAGCUGCUGUGAUUGAUGUUGGAAUAAACAGAGUGCAGGACCCUGUGACUGGAAAAAGCAAACUGGUUGGAGAUGUGGAUUUUGAAGGCGUGAAGCAGAAAGCUGGUUUCAUCACCCCUGUUCCUGGAGGUGUUGGACCCAUGACUGUGGCAAUGCUCAUGAAGAACACCAUCAAAGCUGCCAAGAGUGUCUUACAGUUCCCCCCAGAGAGGAUCCGCAUGGCUGCUGCGUCCUAAUGGACCAGAGCACAUACCAGCAACAGCAACACAUUCCACCCUUCCCACAACGCCAUCUCUUUCAUUUUUAACUUGGAGAAACCGGACAAGCUUGCUCACAGACUGGAAAGAUGAUAGCUUUGAGGGUCUCUGUCUGCUGACAUUUUUCCAAGCAUCAACUCUGGCCACAUUUAGGCCUGUUACAUUUACUAGUGCAGAUGCGUGUUUUAUGUAACAGUAUUUAUAAUUUCCAAUGUUCUUCUGUGAGAUUUUGGAUUUUUAAAAGAAGAUUGAGAGAUUGUUUCUAUUUAUUGCUACAGAGAUGCAAUAUUUUGAAAAUAAAUGGAAACUUGUGACAGUGUUUAACUCUAAGCAGGUAAGCAGUUACAGUAGUGUGACUGAACCUUGUAAAAUAUCCUGUUAGUUUAGCCUUGUGUAGUGAGUGAUAAGGGCUAACAUCAGGAGUAAGGGUGUUUUAUCAAUAAAUAAGCUUUAAAGAUUCACAAUUGCCUUUGUACAAAUUUGAAAUAAAUAAUACAUUUUGUCUUA